AUCCCUUACAUGGCGCAGUGAGCAGCAGUGUGUUGUGGAAAGUAGAGGCUUGUGGUUGUGGCCAUUGUUUUAAGCUGCUGUGGAUGAAAAUGAAGCCGACCAACCUUCCUCGUCUCUGCUGCGCUGUGAACAGAUGUUUCUGUGGGACUCAACAUACUCUAUAAUAAAUGAAGGCCUGCUUCAGAUUAUAAUGAGCCCACAAACAAGUACAGAACGAUUUAACUCCAGAAAACUGAAAUUUUCAAAACUUACAUCAUGAGAACAGCGUAAUCCAUUUGCACCUGAUUUUAAGAUGUUGGCGCUACUUUUUCUGCUUCUACUCUCCAGUUUAGUGUCGGGUCGGAACAACACAGACAAAACUCCGUGGCGCUGCCCAGAAAUCACUCAGCCGCCCGCGGUGACUUGUUCCUGUGACCUCCCCCACACCCUUCGGUGUACUGGUGGCAGCUCCGCCCUGCAGGUGAUUGCAGAAGCCUUGCGAGGCCUAGUACCGCCUGCCGCCGUGUCGCUGUUGGACUGUACUGUCCAGAACGUGAGCUCACUACCCGGGACACUCCUAGAGGGCGUCAUUCUUCAUGGUCUUGUUGUGUCCUCGGGAGAGAUACACCACGUGGCCGAUCAGGCGUUCUCGGGGCUGGCCGGGCCGCUGCAGGCCCUUGGGUUACCAAACAACAAACUCCAGACCGUACCCACAGAAGCACUAUCGGCUAUCCCCGCCCUGGACCGACUUGAUCUCUCUCAUAAUUUCCUAGAGACUCUUAGCACUGGCUCUUUUAAGGGGUUGUUUAACCUCACUUUCUUGGAACUGAGCGAGAACAGAUUAUCUGCGUUGGAAGAUGACGCAAUUUCGUCGUUACCAAAGCUACAAACACUGCGCUUGAGAGGCAACAGGCUUGGCGUGAAUGCCGUGUCAGUUCUUCGAGGAAUGCGGUCUCUACAAGAGCUGGAUGUCAGCGACAACUUACUUGCGGGUCCUUUAGGUUCAACCACCCUUCCCGCAUUACCAGGCCUCAGAGUUCUGCAGCUAGCUCACAAUCAGAUCAGCAGUGUUCGUCGAGGUGCACUCACAGGUUUCGCGUCGCUCGUCUCUCUUACUCUGAACCAUAAUCAGAUCGACGUACUCGAAGACAACGCGUUUAGUGAGUUGCGGACGCUUACGCAACUUGACAUGGCACACAAUCGUAUUGUAGCGGUGUCUGGGAACUCUUUGGCACAUCUCUCAAGAUUGGUGCAACUCGACCUGGCUCAUAAUUUCCUCCGAGCACUUACUGCCGACCUUGUGGUUCCGCUAAGAAAUUUGAAAGAAUUGAGGCUCGAUGAUAAUGACAUAUCUAUGGUGACAAGUGAUGCCCUAACUUCAGGCGUAAUGCUUCGUCGGCUUACUUUGGCAGACAACCCACUUAACUGUGACUGCAGUCUUGCCGAAUUUGCCGAAUGGCUCACCAAUUCGAGCCAUCUGCCUGCCUCUGACCAAGCCACAGCUGUGUGUGCCACACCUCCAUCGCUGGAGAACGGUUUAUUGGCAGAAGUUUCACCACAUGAGCUGCUAUGUGGAGAGGAUGAAGAAGAUACUGGGCCAGCACCACCUCAGGGACCUCUCGCUCCUCAAGUUCCUGUUUCUGGUAAACAGGUUACCCUCCACAUAUUUCACUACGAUGGCUACAGUGUAAAACUCUUGUGGAAUGUCGAAGCUAGCGCGGCACCUUAUGCCUGUGACGCUCUGUUCGUGUAUGAAGAAGUGGGUGCACACGAGGUGCUGUUGGAAUCCAACCCGGUCCGAUGCAAUUCCUCCCAGUUAGCCGAUCCGAGAGCGCUGACUCUGACAUUAUCAAGCUCGGGCCUGUUGCUCGGCCACCGUUACCGCUAUUGCGUGGUGCUUCUAGAAGGCGGUGGAGUAGCCUCCGAUGAGAUGGCAUUAGUGCUUGGUUGCAGCGACAUUAUACCGCUAAUACCCACAGCACAACCUCAGUCACAGCCUUUACCAGAAUUUAGUUUGACGACGCACAUCGCCGCCCUGCAUGCGAAUGUGAGUUCACCUGGAACGUUGUUAAUAGUGGUCCAGCUGUGGGAGCAGCCCCUGCCCGAUGCACACUGUUCGCUUGCUGUCGCAGUGUUUACAAGCAAUUCCCCUAUAGCGCAACAGCACCUCAAUUGUUCGAAUCCAAGGACAGUUAUCGGAGACCUUCCUGUGGGGCCUUAUCGUGUCUGUGCGACAACAGGAGACUUUCCAUCGACAGGACCCAGAGCACGAUGCAUCACAGUUCAACAACCAAUAAGUUCACAGGACCUAGGCGGCACGAACAUCGCCAUCGCUACUGGGUUUGUGGCCCUCAGUACAGUUUUGCUUCUGGGACUAAUCCUAGGAACCAGGAGACUAUUUCGAAGGCCUAAGCUUUUGCCCACGCAUCAGUGUUUUCUGGCUGGCCCACAAGAUGAAGAGCAGCAUUCUCGUUAUGUCAAACUACACGCCACUACAAAACUUUAACGCUUGACCAGAAGUUAUCUUCAAUUAAAGCAAAGACGAGUGUAUUCAUAUCUGGUGUAGGUAAAGCGUGCCGAGUCACUACAGUUCUAUGGAAAGUCUUAAGGGCAUUAUUGACUACAGAAGUGAGCAGUUCUUGACUUGAAAGAAAAGAACGACUCAAAGUGUGGCUUAAUUAGAGGAUUGAGAGAGAAAAACUCCUUUUUUUUUUUUUAAACUGUCAUGUACCUGCAACAUGUAUGGUAAAGUAUCCAUACCAUGAACAGUAUAAAUGUAUUUCUUUUGUACUUCAUGCAAUACAUCGUUUGUUUCCAGGA